AUGACCGACCUCGAGAUGACCGACCCCACCUUGCCCAACGCCAAGAGAGCGUGCCACACGGUUCCGACUAGCGCCUUUGCCCUGCCGCACUGUCUGCAUUGCAAGAGCUAUUCUCACACAUGGAGCAGAUGUCCUGGCGGUUGCAUUCACUGCAGCAAACAACAUCCACGACGCCGCUGUGAAAAGCUCCCACUCGUCGUCUACACCCCUGGCGGCUUCACCAUCCUCAAUGGCAUUGAGGAGAACCACAUCACCUCGUGGAACGCACCGGCGGAGGUCACUCUCAACUUCACUCAACCCAUUCCCGAAAUCUCAGCAACGAAAGUGCCACCGGCAGUCGUUCCGACCGUCUCAGACGACAUCAACCCAGCGAGAGCAGCCAUGAUCGCCAUCACCCCGGCCAUGAUCCCACCGAAAUGCAACCAUGCCGUCGGCCCUCGAAAGACAGCCUCCAACUUGAUACCUCUAGGCAAAGCAAAUCGUCUCCAGCGAAGCAACGACGAAUGCGGCAACCAAGAGAUCGCUGCCAGUAAGAUGCAGGGCGUCUAUUCUAAGAUGGAUAAGAACAAACUGCGGGAGGGCGUUCAGAAGCAGGCACACAAGGACAAGGCAGAAAACGAUCAAGAGGAAUUGGCCUGGACACAGUUUUGUCAAAGUGUCUACUCUACCGUACGUGGAGCUAAGAAGGAUCACAAGGUUCAGAACAAUGGAAGUGAUGCCAUGGCUGUGGACGAGCGGAUUCGUGGCGCGCUCGACUUGCUAAAGCCUCUCAUGAUCCGGCCUUCUAGAAAGUGA